AUGAAAGUAGUCAGGAUAUAUGGUAAAGCAUCCGGCCAAUGUAUCAACUUUGACAAAUCUUCCUUACUCUUUGGUAAGAGGAUUAAUGUGAAUACCAGGCAAGAGAUUAAAGAUGUACUGGGAAUACAUAAUGAUGGGGGAAUGGGAAAGUACUUGGGAAUCCCAGAGGAUAUCAGUGGUUCAAAAUGCAAACUCUUUGCAUUUCUAAAAGAUAACCUGAUGCAUAGAGUAAAUGGAUGGACAGGUAGAUGGCUCUCAAAAGGAGGGAAGGAGGUAAUGAUCAAGUCUAUUUUGCUCGCUCUUCCGACAUAUGUUAUGUCAACGUUUCUUCUCCCAUUGGAGAUUUGCGAAAACCUCGCUAGUGCCAUUGCACAAUUUUGGUGGAGUUCAAAUCCACCAAAAAGAGGAAUACAUUGGGCGAAAUGGGAAAAUGUUUGUUUACCAAAAGAAGAAGGAGGGAUUGGCUUUCGCUUAAUCCAUGAGUUUAAUCUCGCAUUAUUGGCGAAGCAAUUAUGGAGAUUGGUUCAGUACCCUGACUCACUGGUGGCCCGAGUCAUGAGGGGUAGGUAUUAUCGGAUGACAUCACCUUUAGGUGUAAUCUCUGCAAGUAGCCCAUCAUAUGUAUGGACAAGCAUUUACGCCGCAAGAAAGCUUUUGCUCCUGGGAAUAAGAAAGAAGAUUCAUUCUGGUUAUGAAGUCAAGGUGUGGGAGGAUCUGUGGAUUCCAACGACACCUGCUAGACCAGCUACACCUAUAGCACCUGUGAUGCAUCCAAAUAUGAGAGUCAGUGAUCUCAUUAACCAGGAAUCGAAAGAAUGGGACAUAGGGCUACUAGAGGAUUAUGUCCACCCCGAUGAUAUACCUCUCAUACGCAGUAUGGCCAUAAGCUCUACUCAUCAUCGUGAUACUUUCUGCUGGAACUACACGAGAAAUGGCCAAUAUACAGUUAAAUCUGGCUACUGGGUUGCUCAAAAUCUAUUGAAGCCAGAAGAAGAAAAGGAAAUACUGGAACCGAGCAUCACUAAACUUCAAGCCUUUGCUUGGAAGUUGAAAGCGCCAAGGAAGAUGUGUUAUCUUAUAUGGCAAUUGAUAACGGGUCAGGUAGCAGUAACGAGAAACUUAGUGAGACGGAAUAUGAGGUGCAAUAAUUAUUGUCCAAGGUGUGGAGAAAUAGAAGAAUCUGUAACUCAUGCAAUAUUUGAAUGCCCUCCAGCUCUCCAAGUAUGGUCCUUAUCAGCAACUCCUACAAGCUCAGAUAUAUUUCCAGUGUCAAGCGUCUACACAAACAUGGACUAUCUAUUCUGGAGGAAGAAUGAUAUCUUACAACCAGACCAAGACAAGGAUCCUUAUCCCUGGAUAAUUUGGUAUAUUUGGAAGGCUCGUAAUGAUAAUCUAUUCAGGGGAAUAGACAGAGACCCUUUGGAACUAGUUCGAUACGCAGAAAAAGAAUGUCAAGCAUGGUUUAAUGCAAAUGAGAUGAUACCACCGGUAGUACAGGCUAGCGAUAAUGAGGAAGUCCAAGUCUUAGGCUUGGGUAAUAUUUGCAUGCUAGAUGGGUCCUGGACAACUUCAGAUCGCUUUAGUGGAUGUGGAUGGGUUUGGAUGGAUAGCGGGGAGAACAUACAACUUAUGGGAACACGGAAUUUUACUCGAUGUGAAUCAGCAUUGCAUUCAGAGGUAGAAGCACUGCGAUGGGCGAUGGAAAAUAUGCUUCAACACUCGCCAUGCCAGAGCUUUGGAACUGACUGCAAGGAACUGAUUGCAAUGAUAAAGGAGCCCCAGGAGUGGCCAAGCUUCGCGACAGAGUUGGAAAAGAUAGAGACGCUUCAGAUUUGUUUCUCGGAAUUCAAAAUCACCCAUGUGCCACGAGUGCGCAACCAGAUGUCUGAUUUUUUAGCUAAGACUGCUAGGACCUUUCACAGGGAGUUACUUUUCAUUGGUUGUUCUAUUCCGGAGAUGGUCUUAACAAACUCAUCUAAGAUUCUGAGAACCAAACUAGAAACUCGGUGUCUAUAUGAAGAACUAGAGACGGCUGAUUCCGAGUACUACGUGCAAGACUAUCCGCCUUGUAUUCUGCGUUCGGAGUACAUGAAUGAUCUCAGAGUGAGUGAAACUCUCCUUGAGGAGCUCACCUUGGACAUUAAAGUCGAGUUUAAGUACAAGUUUGGUUCUGCUUUUCCCCAUAACUCUGGUUACGCUUUUACUAAGUAUGGCUUCUUCUUCGGGUUUGAGAAAAAUAGGAGCAUGAACCAUCAAAUGGUGGAAGAAACUGCUGGGGAAGAGGUUUGGUCUGAGAUGAGGGAAUCAACUAUUAGAGUGAUUGUGAAGCUGAAAUAG